AUGGAUAGCGAGGUUCCGGUACCUGAAACAAAGAAAAUCUGCAGGUUUUCGGGAGAUGAAGAAAUGGUCGCGGAAGAAUGUCAUGGAUACAUCAUAAUGAGCGAUGGUAUCGGGGAAAAGAUGAUUAGAGCAGUGAUCCAUACGCUGCAUAGAGAGUUGAAUUCGCUGUUGUGCCAGCGAGUGCCGAUCGGCGUGUUGGAUCAAUCUGGCUUUUUGAGGCGCGAGUUGGAGAGGCCCAAUUCUGGGACGGACAGGCCGCCGUGUAUAUACUCCGUAUUCGAGAAUGAUUCACGACGCAAAGCUCCGGAACGCCAAGCGGCUUGGCGCCGUAAGGGUAUCGUAUCUGACAAAUACUUUGUGGGCAUGUGGGCGGCGAGGGACGGUACCAGCACGUAUUAG